AUGUCCGCAAACCCGGUCGAAUCGGGCGCUGCCAGAAAACCCUCAGGCAACCUCAUCAGGCGCCAUCGGAUCAUCAACAGUUGCUUGGAAUGCCGCACAAGGCGGGUGAAGUGCGACAAAGUCCACCCCUCAUGCGGGAGGUGUUCAAGAGAAGGGAAAAGUUGUGCCUAUGUCAGUCAAGAAGCAGAGAAGGAAGCUGUUCAUCCGGGCGGGGAAGAUCAUCAGCCAAGUAAACGGCGACGACUGAACUCGUCAGAAGUUGAUCCGAAGAACGGAAGACUCGGUCAUUUGACCCUGCAAAAUGGAGGGAGGUCACGGUACGUUGGAAGCACGUUCUGGGCAUGUUUUGGUGAGCAGAACCGAGAGUUCGAUGAGCUCGUGACAAGUCUGCCGGUAUUCCCGUUCCACGGGCGAUGCUGUUGUGAGCAAACUUUGGACAAUACCGAUGAUCUUCGCAGAGAGACAGAAGCCGGCAAUGCUGGCAAGUUGGGAUUUCGAACUGGGGAAAACCGUUGUGAACGCUAUUACUCUCUUCCUCGAGUCCUGGACGAGAUGCCAGACCGGAAUGUUUGCGAUUCGCUUUACAACAGCUAUGUGGACAGCAUUCAGCCCAUCAUCCCGCUGCUACAUCUUCCGACAUUCAAGGAUCAAUACGACCGGUUUUGGAUCUGGUUAAGUUCCUGGAACCGUCAAGGGGUGUCGGAUGGGGUGUUGGCAGAGACCCCCAGCUUUCUUCCUCUAUUAUUUGCAGUGCUGUUCGCCGGGUCGAUCAGCAAUACCACGGACGCGUUUGGUCCAUCCACUGGAGAAUUCUCGGGUGCGAUCCUUUCAACCAAGUUAUAUCGCUUGAGCACACAAUCGCUUGCGCUCGUGUCAUUUCCCCAGAGUCCAACGAUAUACUCCCUGGUGGCGUUCCUCAUUGGACAAAACAUGCUCAUCCGAGAGGAGGAAUCGCUCAGCUCUUGUUCAUUCAUCAGUGUCGCACUAAGAGUCGCACAAGCGAUGGGUCUCCACCGAGAUGGCAAGCAUUUCGGGCUGGAUCCCGUGCAAGCGGAGAUCAGGCGACGAAUCUGGUGGCAUAUCAUCCACACGGAUGUGAUGACUUCCAUUUGUUCGGGGUUGCCACCGGUAAUGCUCACCGAUGAGAUCUAUGACACCAGAAUGGUGAGUGAGCUGAAGGACGAAAUGAUCACUGCGCAGAUGGUGCCGGAUCCAAAAGAUCCCCGUUCCAUGGCCGACUCCAACAGGAACAUCAACCUGGGCCUCUUUGUUGCCGUCGGCCGUUACUCAAUCACCACGAUCAUGCGAUCGCUUUUGCGCCGCCAGUUCGAAGUGCGGCAAAUGAAAAUGUCGGAAAUUGAUGAGUUCAAACGUCGGAUCGACAUUUUACAUAAACACAUCACUGAGAGAGUGGAGCGAAUCGAGCAAAUGGAAUCCUGCCCCGCCGAUCUACAGCAACACAGCCCAGGUACUCCGGAGGACAUACGAAGGGAAUCAGUCAGCACCCAGAAUGCUGCUGCGUUCCGCCUUUGGUCACAACGACUCUUGAAGCUUAUGAUACAUCGUGCGUACUGCAUGCUGUAUCAACCACUCAUUCGAGCUUCAGGGGGGAAAUGGUGGCACCGAGUGCGGAAAGAAUGUGUCCGCCAUUGCCAUGAGUUUGUCCGCAUCUUCAUCGAGAUGUGUACGACGCAGGAUUUCCAUCCAUUCUAUUGGAUCUACCCCGGCAUGUAUCAGCCGCUGCAAGCAACCGCCAUGCUUCUGGCCGACCUGAUCAAAUGCCCAACUUCCGUCGAGGCGAAGCGUUCACGUGACCUCGUGGAGAAGAUAUUCUCUCUGCUCAGCGAAGAUGGCGUGGCUGGUCGCAACGGAAUAUCCAGCCAUCGACAGUUGUCUGCCGGUGGUAAAGAAGCCUGGUCCAUGCUUCGGAAGGUCAAGAGACAAGCCUGGGAAAAGGCCGGGUUCGAUCCGAAUGCUUUCCGAGAGGAAUCGAAGAGGAACGAGACGCCACACUCGUGGGAAGAGUUCGACUCACCGCACUCGAAUCCCAAGAUGGGAUCGCCAGUGUCAUUGGGUGCAACCCAGUCGACCAUGUAUGGGGCAGAGAUGAGGCUGCCAACACCUUUCCAAGGAUAUGGGAUGGACCCCAACGCGCAGUAUCCACCUACAAACAUGUCCGGGACGUCGGCGCCUCCCGCCACGGCGAAUUCUCUCAAUCCAGCAUAUGAACUGCGGCAGGACACACUUGCAGCCGACCCGUGGAUAUCGCAGGCAAACUAUGACUCGUUCGAUCAGGUGGAUUUGAUCAAUCUGCCACCGGGUGGUCCAUCGUCGACGAAUCCGGACGACAUCGACUGGAGAGAAUGGGAUGCGUUGCUCGAACGGUGCUUCAAUCAUCCAGUCAUGGGAGAUCCUUAUUUCUAG